GAGUGAGUAAACAGGAGGUGAAGCUCAACCCACUGCGCACACACACACACACACACACGCACGCACACGCACACUGGCAGAAGGAGGAGGAGGAGGAGGUCACCGCUACGUCUCUCAGGAUUUCAUGGUUCGUUCGGGGCCGGAGCUUCAUUCAUUUCCUCCGUGGGUUCGAUUCCCGGUGACCGAGUCCGAUGUUUGCUCACGGGUCGCAGACCUGAGAAGUUUCGGGUCGAGGAACCUUCGGGAAACGUCUCGUGCGCCGCGGAGCUUCAGGGCCAGGAGCAUGACUGAGCAGCAGGAGCAGAGCGAAGAAACAGGCCUGCUCUCCACUCAGGACCUGGACCCCUCCAAGGACGACGACACACACGGACACUUCAGGUUUCAGCUCAUCGAGGACUUGUCCUAUGAAGAUGUGAAGAAAUGCUACAGGGGCUCGACUGUCAGCAAGUACAACUCGCAGUACCACAAACUGUUCCAGUGUGUGGCCAAGGAUGAGAUUCUCAUGAAAGUGUACUCCUGCGCUCUCCUCAGAGACAUUCUUCUACAAGGUCGACUCUACAUUUCCAGAAACUGGCUGUGUUUCUACGCCAACCUCUUCGGCAAAGACAUCAAGGUGGCGAUCCCCGUUGCCUCCGUGAGGCUGGUGAAGAAGCACAAAACCGCCGGCCUGGUGCCCAACGGCCUGGCUAUCACCUCGGACACCGGCCAGAAGUAUGUAUUCGUAUCGCUGCUGUCCAGAGACAGCGUGUACGACGUCCUUCGCAGGAUCUGCACACACCUUCAGGUCAAUGGGAAGAGUCUGAGCUUGAAGCAGUUCAUGGAGGAGCCCAUCUUGUCAUUGGACGAGUUCCCGACCACAGACGAGUUCCCCGUGGUGGACCCGUUCCCCUCAGUGUUAAAGUGGAGGAGGAAACCCUCCGUGGUGUCUGUGUCCUCCUCCCUUCCUGACCUCCUGGGAAACUCCCCCAGCAGCCUGGGCGCCACGGACACGCCCUUCAAAUCCGAGCAGCUGCUGGAAGAGCGAGCGCUGCAGACGGACAGGGGUCUUCUAUCAGAGCCGAUGGCGGAGCUGGGCCAGAUGGAGUACCAGCUGCUCAAGUUCUUCACCCUGCUUAUCAUCCUCCUCAUCCUGUCGUCCUGCUACUUGGCUUUUCGUGUCUGCAGUCUGGAGCAGCAGCUGUCCUUCCUCGGUAACCCGAACCUGCCCCUGAGAGAGAGGUAACCACUGCUCUCCGCUGCGCCUCAUCCCAUCGGCUGCUCUUUGCUCUUCUCCUGAUCGUAGUGGUCCACGUCCUCCUGCACAGGACCAGCUCCUGAAGCCCCGAGGAGAUCGACCUCCGACCACCGGCUGCAAAACACCACGGUGCAGCAUCUGUCCGACUGCAGGCACCUUACGGACCUUCCCCUGGAGCAACGAGUAGAUUCAGUGAUCACUUCCAGACUAUGCAAAACAGACUGUGUGUAUUUAUUUGUCAAUAUAAAGUAGGUUUUACUUCAGUUUAGGAUUGUGGCCCCGUGGCCUGUGAUGGAGGAUAGAAGUGAGAGUUAAUUACUUGAAACAAACUGAUAGCGGUGACGUGUCAGCCGAGCCGUGGUGUUAAUGAUCGGACUGUGUGGACUGAACCGUCUGUGUUUCAGUAGAAAGGUUCAAAGUAGCUGCAACAAAGCACUUUUAAAAAAAAUACGUCCACAUUAUUUCAAAUGUAUGUAAACUCAUCAAAGUGUAGAUUUGUUGUUUUGCUUGUUAACAGGUACUCGGAAGUCUUUUAUUUUUAAAAGUAUUUAUGGAAGGAAAUCACAUUGUGGCGAGUGACUGAAGUGACCUGUCGUUUAACUGUAACAUACUGGAGCAAUAGCGCCACCUGUGGGCGUUAACUGUAAAGUGAAUGAGAUGUUUGUUAGUUGUGUUAGUCUGCUGUACAUGGAAGGAGCACGCAGGCUGUUUGUUCUUUUAUACGUUUUCAAAUGAAGUCACCAAAGACUCAAAAAGAGUGUUCGUGAGGAAAUGAAGAUAUUUCACUGACUGAACAACGGCUGAAAUAUUUAGAUGUAGAUUAGUUUGUAAAAUCUCUAUCAAUUAAAUUGGCAACAGAAAUGUGGCAGAGGAAA